AGGCCGGGAGGGCGCCGCGGAGCGCCGGGCACGAAUUGCCAAAUGGUCUUAAACCGCUUGGGAGAAAUCACAGGAAUUCAGGAUCCCUCAUUCCUUCAUGCAGCCCUGAAGGCUGCAAAUGGUGACCUAACUGAUGCAGUCAACUUCCUCACUGAGGAGCAUGUUAAAGAGCCAGGCCAGGAAGCAGUGGCUGUGGAACCAUCUGACUGUGAAGGGAGUGCUAUGGGCAAAGAGCAACCCACCAAUGUGAUUGAUCUAACGCCUGAUAACAAAGAUGACCUCCAGGCAGUCAUUGCUCUCAGCUUCCUGGAGUCUCUGGAAGUCCAAGGAGUGGAAAGAGAUGCUAACAGGGCCCACAAAGCAAAUGCUGCAGAAAACAGAAAUUGCUCCAAAAGGAAACGGUGUGAAGUCUGGGGAGAGAAUCCUAAGCAGAAUGACUGGAGGAGAGUGGAUGACUGGCCUGUUGGCAUGAAGAACGUUGGAAAUACCUGCUGGUUUAGUGCAGUCGUUCAGUCUCUCUUCCAGCUGCCGGAAUUUCGUAGGCUGGUCCUUAGUUAUUCUCUCCCGCAAAGCAUGCUUGAGAAUUGUCGAAGUCGCAGUGAAAAGAGAAAUAUUGCAUUCAUGCAGGAACUUCAGUGUCUUUUUGCUUUAAUGCUGGGGACACAUCGUAAAUUUGUAGACCCCACUGCAUCUCUGGAACUUUUAAAAGGAGCAUUUAAAUCAGCUGACGAACAGCAGCAAGAUGUGAGCGAAGUCACACACAAGCUUUUGGAUUGGCUAGAGGAUGCAUUCCAGCUGUCUGUGAAUGUAAACAGCCCUCAAGACAAAUCAGAAAACCCAAUGGUGCAACUCUUCUAUGGGACUUUCUUGACUGAAGGGGUCCAUGAGGGUAAGACCUUUUCUAAGAUAGAGACCUUUGGCCAGUAUCCCCUUCAGGUAAACGGUUAUCGGAACUUGAACGAAUGUUUGGAAGGGGCCCUGGUAGAAGGGGAGAUUGAGCAACUACCUUCUGAUCAAUCAGUGAAGUAUGGACAAGAGCGCUGGUUUACAAAGCUCCCGCCUGUGUUAACUUUUGAACUCUCCCGGUUCGAGUUCAAUCAGUCACUAGGGCAGCCAGAGAAGAUUCACAACAAGCUAGAAUUUCCCCAGAUUAUUUAUAUGGACAGGUAUUUGUACAGCAGUAAAGAGAUCAUUCAAAGGAAGAGAGAGGAGACUAGGAAGUUGAGGAAGCAAAUAGCAAUUCUGCAGCAGAAAUUGGAAAGAUACAUGAAAUAUGGCUCUGGCCCAAGUCGCUUCCCAUUACCUGACAUGCUGCAAUAUGUUCUUGAAUUUGCCAGUACAAAGCUGCCUUUAGUUGUUCCUUCUGCUCAGGACUCUCAGAUGACUCCUGCACAGUCCCCAGCUGAGUGCUGUGCUCUGAGUGAACCUCUGCUGCAAAAUAGUGUAUUAGAAACAGAAAGUACUGAGAACACUGAUGGUACAGCAUCCACUCUGAUAAACCCUCCGUCCCAGCAAGAAUUAAUGAGCAAGCUGCCCCAGCCCUCCUGUUUACCAGCAGAAAUGCCUAAAUGCCCAGCUCCUUGUGUGAUCACUGAGGAGGAGAUGAGCCUAGUUAGGACGUGCCUGCAGCGAUGGAGGAGCGAGAUUGAGCAGGACAUCCAAGAUCUGAAGGACUGUAUUACCAGAAUCAGUCAAUCCAUUGGUCAAAUGUAUGGUGACCCUGUCCUCCGUCAGGUUCCUUAUCGCUUGCAUGCCGUUCUGGUUCAUGAGGGCCAAGCAAAUGCCGGUCACUACUGGGCCUACAUAUACGACCAGCCCCGGAAGAGCUGGCUCAAAUACAAUGACAUCUCUGUGACAGAAUCAUCCUGGGAAGAAGUGGAGAGAGAUUCAUAUGGAGGCCUGAGGAAUGCCAGUGCCUAUUGUCUGAUGUACAUCAAUGAUAAGCUGUCCCACUUCGUUGCAGAUGAUGCUGAUGAUGCAGAAACUGGACAGUUUCAGAAAGAAGUAGAACUUCUGCCACCUGAGCUCCAGAAUUACAUACAAGAGGACAACUGGAGGCUUGAACAGGAGGUGGAGGAAUGGGAACAGGAGCAGUCCUGCAAGAUCCCUCAGAUAGAGCCUUCAACUCCUUCUGAAUCUCAGGAUUUCACUUCUGAAUCAGGACAAGACCAGUCAAGCUGUGAACACAGCAUACGCUCGUUGUCCUCUGAACAUGCCAGGAUUGCAAAGGACCAGACUGCCCAGGCCAUUGCAAAUACAGCUGAUGCCUAUGAGAAGAAUGGUGUAGAGGCUGCUCUGUGUAAGCCAAAGGAGGCAGAACCAAGGAAGGCCCAGCUGAGAGAAACAGCCCUUACAGUUCAGUCAGAACAGCAACAAGAUGCUAAAGGGACAGAGUCUGCUGCCCAGCCUAGCUCUCAGGUGAUGCUUAGCCCAGCCAUGCAGGGUGUGAUCCUGGCUAUUGCUAAAGCCCGUCAGACAUUUGACCGGGAUGGGGCUGAAGCAGGGCUUGUUAAGGCAUUCCAUGAAGAGUACUCCAGGCUAUAUCUGCUGGCCAAAGAGACCCCAACGCCUCACAAUGACCCCCGGCUGCAACACGUGCUCAUCUACUUCUUGCGGAACAAUGCUCCCAAGCAGGUAGUGGAGCGGACCCUCCUGGAGCAGUUUGCAGAUAGAAGCCUCAGCUACGAUGAAAGGUCAAUUAGCAUUAUGCAAGUAGCACGAGCUAAACUGAAGGAGAUUGGCCCUGAUGAUGUGAAUAUGGAGGAGUAUAAGAAAUGGCAUGAAGACUACAGUUUAUUUCGCAAGGUGUCUGUUUACCUGCUGACAGGGUUGGAACUCUACCAGAAUAGAAAGUACCAGGAAGCACUGACCUACCUGGUGUACGCCUACCAAAGUAACACCACUCUGCUGAUGAAAGGACCCAACAGAGGGGUGAAUGAAUCACUGAUUGCUUUAUACAGAAGAAAAUGCCUCUUGAAGCUGAAUGACAGGGCAGCGGCUUUGUUUGUAAGCAGUGCGGAGGCGGAUGUGUUGGAGGGCAUUAACAUCCUGAAUGAGCUGAUCAUCCCCUGUAUGCACCUCAUUAUCAAUAAUGACAUCUCCAAGGACGACCUGGAUGCCAUUGAGGUCAUGAGGAACCGCUGGUGCUCUUAUCUGGGACAAGAAGACAUGGAUGCCAACCUGCAAAUGAAGCUGGGUGAACUCCUCCCCAGGCUCCUGGACUGCUCUGCAGAGGUCAUCAUUCUAAAAGAGCCCCCGAAGAUCCGGCCCAACUCCCCCUAUGACCUCUGCAGCCGCUUCGCAGCCGUGAUGGAGUCCAUUCACGGGGCCGCACCUGUGACUGUCAAAUAAACUUCCAACUUUCCAGCUCUAGAUGCGGUACAUAGGAACCCACCUAUUGCCGUAGUAUGCUGCUGUCAGAUGACAUUUGGAUGGGAGAGGGAGGAGACUAGGCAGAUAGACAAUUCAUAUCCAGACCCACCAUGCUCUUGGUGUCGACACGAAGGAAGGAAAAGCAGUAUUUCAUGUAAGAUACAAUUGUCAGUGAGAAUGCGAAGGGCAGGAACCACUGUUGUAAGAUGGCACAAUAUAUGGCUGGCAGUAACAGCUGCUUCCUCGUCUCCACAACAACAAAAAAUGCAUUGUCUCUCCGUUCCUUGCCGCUUUCUAAAAUGUCCCUCAGGCAAGAUACUUGGGACAGUGACAACAGCCGCAUAAGAGAAUGCUUCAUUGACAAAUCAGUGACACUUAUUAGCUUGGUUCUGGCAAACACAUCCACAUAUUUCUAAAUUCUUAGCUGAAAGAGCUUAUAAAUCCAGAUCUUGGCAAAGUACUGCUGGCAGGAGCCUGAGUCCAGAGACCGAGAGACAGCGAGGAUUGAUGGAACACUGUGUGAAUAAGACAGGCAGGCAGUCAUGUAUGCAGCUGCAUAUUUUAGUUGAGUGAAGUCAAACAGGAAGUUAAGUUGCCUCUUGUCUUUUUAACAGUCAAACAAAUAUGAAGGGCCCUUGUUCUGAGACAGAGAAAAGCAAAUAAUGACAGUGUACACAAUAUCACUGUGCUAAUAAUCAGUAACUGGUUAAAGAAAACAAAAACCCUAAAGGGAAUUCCCCUCUCGGAUUUGAAAAUAUUUCCUCCUCCACCAAGGUUAUUGAUGAGAAAAUUGAGCAUUGGACACUAAGGUUAGCGUAAAAACAUGUAUAUUUGUAUUUUUUUUUUUGUAAAAAUGUACUGGGGGAGUGAGGGGAAGAACCACAGUUGGACACUUUUUAAGAGCAGUAUGUGUUUUAUUUGAACAGACAAAAUUGUUUAAACCAAAAUGUUCUGAAUGAAUGGGAAAGAGAAUUCCUAUUUGAUAGGACUAUGCAGGUUUUAUAAAUGUGCAAUAAAAACAUUUGUUUUAUUUUAGAGUGAAA